GAGGCAUUUUUAUUUAUUUAUUCACCUCAUGCCCUUAUCUUCUACCAGCACCGCCAAGCCUUUCUCGCUUGGCUAGAAUCUACGGAUCGCGAUAACGAAUCACUAGAGCAUCCAGCAUAUACAAGAGAAUGCCGUCAUGGUACAAGAAGUUCGCCAGGGGGUGGCAGCGAGAUGACAACGGAAGAGAUUCAAUCGCUGCGCAGUUGCCCGAAUCCAUAGAACAAGAUGAUAUACCUAUUCCUCAUGACUUUGAGGCUGAACCCUUUGGCUUAUUUAUCCUACAUCCAUCGCCUGAUAUUUACCUGCCGCCUACAGAUAUUGAUGUUGACAUUGUCGCCAUUCAUGGAUUAAAUGGCAGCGCGAGGAAGACUUGGACCGACUCGGCCACUGGGCAGUGCUGGCUGGAAGAUCUACUGCCAGACUCGAUCCCGAGAUGCAGGGUCAUGACUUUUGGAUACGACUCCAAACUGGCUUUUAGCAAAUCCCGGUCGGGAGUGGAUACCUUUGCUCGGGAUCUCUUGAACCGCCUGAGGGUUGUCAGGAGUAGCUCAGAGGCCCGAAAUCGACCGCUGGUAUUUAUUGCUCACAGUCUAGGCGGUAUCGAGGUGAAAAAGGCUUUGAUUAUGGCGCACAAUGGAUCAGAGGUCUACGCCCCGAUUCUCAAAGCCACAGUCGGCAUCAUCUUCCUGGGAACUCCGCACCGAGGAUCUGAGCUGGUGCCUUGGGGGAUCCUUCUCUCUAAUGUCGUCGGCGUCACUAGCAUAGGAAAAAAUAUCCGAAAGGAGCUCUUACGCACCCUCAAAAAGGACUCUGACACGUUAAUGGAUAUUUCAAGCCAAUUCCUACAGCGCGCGACCCCUUUAAAAAUCAUGAGCUUCAUCGAACAACAGGUAGAGAGUCCGCUGACAACAUUGGUUGUUCCAGAGUAUUCGGCCAUCAUGGGCUUGCCCAACGAGACUGUGCUUCCAAUGAACGCUCACCAUCGGGGACUUACUCGGUUUUCGCGAAAGACUGACCAGAACUAUGUCCUUGUUGAGGCGGCGAUCAGGGAAGUUGCAUAUGGAAGCAUAGAUAAAUAUGCAAACACUUUGGAUGAUACCCUUAAGGCAGCUGCGAAAAGUGCAACAGAGAUACUCCCGAGUACCACCAGUUUACCCAUUCCAAUGCCAGUCCCAAUACUCUGUCGCAGCCUCGUUCCUGCUCAUUCAUUCAUCUCUAGGCACACAGGCUCAGCCAGUAGCUCAAGCACACUGGUAGGGUCGCCAGCUACUUUACCCUCGAUAGGUGCCUUGACCCCAGAGCUUUAUGACCGCACUUUUGGCGGACACGAUAAGAAACCGACUUCUUCCACGGUCAGCUUAGAGAACCAAUCGCUGAAAUGGCCGGAUAAGCCAGUCGAGGCUGUCACGAUACGCAUUAGCGGUCUCAGGCGGCGGCUUGGACCAGACAGAUACAAGCAGAGAGACUUCUCUCAUGUUGUAAAGAUUCCAGGGAAUAUAGAAAUGGCGUAUAUAAGAUCCUGGUUGCAAAAAGAAGUCCCUGAUAUUAAGGCGGUCAAGUCCUUUAGGUUCAAGGACCAGAAAGGUGAUAUCCGGACCAAGUGGGAGGAUGUUUUCACGACUCCAGUCGAGGUUACAUCUGGCCGGCCGUCUUACAACAAAGCAAGGGGCUUGAAAAUUAAUACUGACCAGUCAAUUGCUGCUUUCAUGAGCAAAGCCUUUCCGCACCCAAUCAAUGCUAAACUCAACAGUAAUAGCCAAGUAGGGCACUCAACAUUUGAUAAAGUCUCUGCUUCCGUUCUUGAGGUUGGACAAGAUAACGAGCCCGACCUAGUUAUUUCAUUCAUGAGAACUGUUAGAGUUCCCGAGAGCGAUAAGGAGUACGAUCUACCUCCUGGCCUGGGGAGAUUCCCGUUGUUCAAUGUUGGGCCUUUCAGCCAUAGUUUACCACCUUCAAUGGUGGCCAAAGGAGGAUUCUUCUUCCCGAUGUAUCAGAUGGAAGCAAUGUGGAUGCACUUCCAUACGGAAGGACAAAAGAAGUUUGCUAUUCGACCCUUCGUUGGCGGCGUCAAUGGCCUUUCAGGGGAAUCGUCCGAAGGAGGCAUGGCGUCGAUUCUUCGUCGAAUGAAUUCCGAGACCAGAAGACAGGACUACAUCGUGCUACCGGAACAAUUAUGGCUUGACGGAAUCGCCACUGCACCCGGAGUGGUCAACCAGUUUGUUGCCACCGAAAUGGCUCCUCCCCGAAGAGAAAGAUCUCAAGAUGGUCGAAAUUCUCAAACCAGAAAACAACGAGAUGUGUCGAGCAGCCCCUCAUCCCAUGACGACGCUCCCAGUGGAGCGUCUAUUGAGUGGCAGGUUACUGGUCGUGAUGAGGUCGGAGGACUGCAGCUUCAGAUUAUUCCUGCAUUUGAGACCGACAAGAUACAUGCUGGUUCGGCUAGAAACGUCUGCGUGACGAGCCACGGAGUCGUCUCUAGUGUUACUCUGCCGCCAGCGGUAGAUCAUAUCUUCGACGUACUCUCAACCCCUGCCGAGCUCAAGCUGAACGUGGGUGAGACAAUCCAUGUCAAAGACCUCAAGUCAGCGGCGCAGUCACGCCCCAAAGUCGUCUCGGACUUGUUGGAGGAAAGUCCUUCGAAGCUCACUUACCAAGACGUUGUUGAGCUGGAAGCAGUCCACGAGAGCUAUCGCGAGUGGGUUUUUGACAUCAAGCUUCUCGGCGGCCUGCAGCCUCUCAUUUCACUAAGCUUUGACGAUAACGAUCCAUUCGACUGUAUACUGGAUAUUGUCGCAAAGGAACUGCAAGGAUCGAGAGGCCGGUUGGCCGUAGACUAUUCUGCCGCCAACCUUACUCAGGGAUGGAUUCCAAUUUCAUCCUGGCUAGCUCUCAUCUGGCUUCCACAGCUUACCGGGGAAAACCAUGCACAAGUCAGACGGCGCGAACUCACUUUUAUUCCUGAUGGAAUUUCUAACCAGCGCUAUGUCUGCCGUGUUGUGUGUGACAAGACAGUAGAAUCUACAUACAGGAACAUUCUUCCACUUCUACUGGCCCUUGACGAGAACGCUACUGUUAAACAUCUGAGAAGCGUUAUUCAAAAGACGACAGGAGUUUCAACAGCUGAGUACUUGAUCCAACGGGAUUCUUUGACUUCCCCGCCCAUCGACGAUAGUGAAAGAGUAUUCUCAAAGGAUAGGCUCACUGCAUCUUGGGCGGGACAGGUACCGCAAUAUCUAUUGACGCGGGAUAAGCCGUGUUUCAGCCAAGUUGGGCAAAUCUCUCAGCCCCUGAAACCCUUAUCCGACCCCUUUUUCAACCCGUUCGGUCCACUUGGCCCGCCCAUCGGCCCAAUGCAAAUUUCAAUCAAGACUCUUACCGGAAAGGUUGUCAUGAUAGAAUGCAAACAAUCUAACACGAUUUAUGAGCUCAAGUCCAAGUACCAGGACAAAGAAGGCGUCCCGCCGGAUCAGCAACGCAUAAUUUAUCGUGGUAAACAGCUUGAAGACAUCCGCACAUUAGCCGAUUACAGCAUUUCUAUGGACUCGGUCCUUCAUUGUGUCCUACGCCUUCGAGGUGGCGGCUCGUCGAUUCGAGUCCACUACGAUGGCAACGAAUGGAAUGAGUCGCUCUCGGAUUGUCGCAGCAUCGCCGAGUUCAAACUCAGGCUUAUGAGCAAAACAGGUAUUCCAGUGAAAGACCAGAUACUGAGAUGCGCCGGUAAAAUUGUCCAAGACGAUGAGAAUCCCUACAGAUACCAAGAAGAAGAACUCAUUGUCCUUACUACUCAUGAACCAACUGUACCUAUCGCUUUAGGCAUCGGCGCCGGCGGUAAAAUUCAGCAGCACAUCGAGCCUGACACCAACGACCCGCGGAUCUGGGACAUAAACAGCUCACGUAUUGUAAAUGUACAGCUUCUCGAUGCUCGCUCCUUUCGCCUCGUGACGGGUCACGCGCCCCCUGACACACCCAUCACAGACGACAUGUAUGCCCAGAUGGGCCUUAGGUUCUUCAAGCUGUGGAGUGACGAGCACCGCGCUGUUAACGGUGUAUCAGGGGAUUGGGACAAUAUAGCCGGAGCGGCCGAGGUGGCCAAGAGGAAUGCCAAGAAAGGAAAGGGCUCGUCCUCUACUAAUGCCACAACUGAAACUAAAGAGGAAUGGGGGUUGCUGGAGACUGGAGCUUGGGGCCCUUUGAAGACGGGAAGUCGAGUGAGGCAGAGGGCAGCGGUAGACAAGGACUUCGACUAUCCUCUCGUUACGUUGAAUGUAGAUGAUACGGUACCUGAAUUCAAAAGUGUAGUAGAGGACGAUAAUGAUUAGGGAAGUUGUAUAGACUACAUAAAUCUAAG